CUUGUUGUGUAGUCGCCUUCGUGCAGCCUCCCUUUCCCUCUCCUCUCCACCACCUUCGGCUGCCACUUUCGCCGCCUCCACCGCCCUCUUCCCAACCACACCACGCGCCGUCUCUUCUCCGGCAUCCCGCCUCCCGUGACCGCCGCCAUCCACCUUCCGGAUCAGAUUUCCUCCCCUCCGACGCCAGGCACUGCGCCUCCACUGCUAUUUUUUCGGCCCGUGCAGCGGUUAAGCGAUGGAGUGGCCGCCGCCCCACAUGCUCCUUCUUCUGUUCCUGCUUGCCUUCUCUUGGCGGCUUCAGGGAGGAGCAGGGAUUGGGGGCUUCGGAGUUGGAGCUGAGGAGUUGAGCAGCAAUGGAGCUUCUUUUAGUCGUAGAAGAUUGCUGCAGAUUGGUGGUGAAAACCAAGGUGCCGGGUAUCUUUUCUCACAUACACAAGCUCCAACAUCAGGACCAGUGUCUGCUCCAGCACCCUCAGCAUUCAUAUCAUCACCACCAGAAGGUGCACCAUCACCAUUUUAUUCACGACCGACGCCACAGCGAUCCCCUUUACGCCAUGAUCCACCAAUAGUCCUUCCACAUGCGCUUAAGUUUAAGCCUGCAGCUGGGGGAGCUGGGCAUGAUCAUUCGGUUCAAACUCCAUCUCAUAAGCAUUCCUGGACAACCUAUGGUUUAGUUGCAGUAGGGGUUGCUGCUUUCCUUAUCAUAUCAGCAGCUGGUGCUCUGUACUGCCGAGCUAAAAAAGUGGGGACUGUGAAACCUUGGGUGACAGGGCUUAGCGGACAAUUGCAAAAAGCUUUUGUAACAGGUGUACCUGCACUGAAACGAUCAGAGCUGGAAUCAGCGAGCGAGGAUUUCAGCAAUAUAAUCGGCUCCACAUCUAGCUGCAUGAUGUACAAGGGAACUUUAUCUAGUGGAGUUGAAAUUGCAGUUGCGUCGAGUUUGGUAACGUCUGCAAAGGAUUGGUCCAAAGAAUGUGAAUCACAGUACAGGAAAAAGAUCACAACUUUGUCAAAAGUAAACCACAGGAAUUUUAUGAACUUGCUUGGCUACUGUGAGGAAGGGCAUCCUUUUACCAGAGCCAUGGUAUUUGAAUACGCUCCGAAUGGGACGCUUUUUGAGUAUCUGCAUGUGAGAGAAGCCGAGAAGCUGGACUGGGUGACGCGGCUGAGGAUAUGCAUGGGGAUCGCCUACUGCCUGGAGCACAUGCACCAGCUGAACCCACCCGUGGUGCCGAGGAGCUUGGACUCGACGACCAUAUACCUCACCGACGAUUUCGCCGCGAAGGUCUCAGACCUCGAAUUCCCAGACGACGGCGCAAAGGGAUCAUCACCUCGUUCAGCCACAUCGGACCUGGAAACCGCGGUGCACAGAUACGGCGUGGUGCUGCUGGAGAUACUGACCGGGAGGGUGGCCUGCUCCGACGAGGACGGGCCGCUGGAGCGGUGGGCGUCCCGCUACCUGGACGGCGAGGUGCGGCUGGCGGAGCUGUUCGACCCCAGCAUCGGCUCCUCCUUCUCCGAGGAGGCCGCGCGCGCGCUGUGCGAGGUGGCGAGGUCCUGCGUCGACCCGGACCCGAAGAGGAGGCCGGCGAUGGCGGAGGUGGCGGCCCGGCUGAGGGAGAUCACGGCGCUGGGGCCCGACAGGGCCACCCCCAAGGUGUCGCCGCUGUGGUGGGCUGAGCUUGAGAUCAUGUCUUCUUCUGACAGCUGAAGUUGUUACUGGAGUACUCCCUCCGUCCGUGAAUAAGUGUACUUCUAUCAUUUCUGCUAAGUCAAAGUUUUAUAAUUCUGACCAACUUUUUAGAAAAGAGUAGUAGUAUAUAUGACAUCAAAUUGGUAUAUUAUGAAAAUGCAUUUCAAAACGAAUCUAGUGAUACUAAUUUAGUGCCAUAAAUGCUGCUAUUUUUUUCUAUAAAGUUGGUUAAAGUUUUAAAACUUUGAUUUAAGACAAAAGCUAGAUGUACACUUGUUCGCGGACGGAGGGAGUAUUUGUUUGGUUUGGCUGCUGCUGCUGAUCUUGCUUGUGGAAUUGGUAGUAAGGCAGAGGGUGUUUGAAGUUUGCUUCAGGAUUGCAAAUAGUGAGUGGUGGGUGCUCUGUAUACCUGUAAAGAAGAGGGUGACCGUCCGUGAGAUAACUGUCAGCCGAGUGAGCUGCACUACAGUUCUCAUAAUUCUACCCAAAUUUCAUGUA